AUGCAGAAUCCAGACUACCGAAACUGUGACGUCAGUCCACCGGUGUACCCAGCUACGACCGUGGAUACCACAGCUCGACUGGCUGCCCUGAGGGUCGAGAUGGCCAAGCCAGAGAAUAACUUCGAUGCUUACCUCAUCCCGUCUGAAGACGCUCACGGGAGUGAGGAUGUACCUGAACAUGACACACGCAGGACGUACAUCUGUGGCCUCAGUGGAUCAGCCGGAUAUGUGAUUGUCACUCUAACUGAAGCUUAUAUCUGGACGGAUGGGAGAUACUUUGUACAAGCUGAAAGAGAACUUGACUGCAACUGGACACUUAUGAAGCAAGCCGAAUUGGGUGUCUUGUACCCAGAUGACUGGAUGGCGAAAAAUCUUCAGAAUGGUAGCAGAAUUGGUUUUGACCCAACUCUGAUUUCGGCGAGUGACUAUCUCAAUUAUCAAAACGUGUUUGCCAACGAAAAGGGAAAGGUCUUGUAUCUUGUCUCACAAACAACCAACCUGGUGGAUACAAUAUGGGCCGCAGACACCCCACCGCAGCCGAGCUACCCGACUGAUCUGUUGAUGAUCUUAGAUGCAACAACUUAUACCGGCGAAACAUGGAAGGAGAAAAUCUUCCAGUUCCCCGGCGACCAGAGUGUUCGCGGAUUGAUGAAAUCAUUAACACCCGACGUCGCGGACGUUUUAGUAAUUAGUGCUCUGGAUGAGAUCGCAUGGUUGUUCAAUUUGAGGGGCAAGGACGUACCAAAUAACCCUAUGUUCAUCUCAUAUUGCAUCAUUACAAGUGAUGAAAUUAAAUUGUACUUGAAUGACAAAGAUAAGCGUGCAACAUCUGAAAUCAUGAGUCACCUUGAAGCUUCAGGUUGCUCUGGUAGUGAGUGCACCCAGGUUUAUCCGUACAGUCAAUUCUUAACCGAUCUACAAACACACGGCGAAGCUUCUGACGAUGGCAAAAUCUGGAUUAGUGACGCAUCAAGCUACGCAAUCUACGAACGAGUUCCAGAGGAGAAACGCAUUAUGUCACAAUCGCCAGUAAUGCUAAUGAAAGCUGUUAAAAGUACCAAAGAAAUCGAAGGGAUGAAGAGGGCUCACCUGAAAGAUUCCAUAGCCCUGGCUGAGCUCGGUGGAUGGCUUCAGCAAUCAUUCGACGCCUUGGAUGACCCGGCAGUUGGUUCUGAUUCAUUCACCGAACUCGAUGCACAAAAGAAAGCAAGGGAGGUCAGACAAGACGACCCCGAGUUUGCCAGCCUGAGUUUCGGAACGAUCACAGGAUUUGGUGCAAACGCAGCCGUCAUUCAUUACAGUUCGUCUGAAGAAACAAACGUCCGUAUCACCGAUAAAAGCACACUCCUUCUAGAUUCCGGGAGCCAAUACUAUUCUGGUACGACGGACAUCACCAGGACCUUUCACUUUGGAAGCCCGACAGCAUUUACAAAGGAAGCAUACACCCGUGUCCUUAUGGGACACAUCGACCUUGUCACAAGUCACUUCCGAAGCGGCGUUUACGGACGUGAUCUGGAUACCAUUACAAGAAACCCACUCUGGAUUAACGGACUGGAUUACCGUCACGGGACUGGCCAUGGUAUCGGCAGUUUCCUCAACGUGCACGAAGGUCCAGCGAGAAUCAGCCUUGGGUACAGUUCAAGGGAACGACCAAUUCAAAUCGGAAUGUUCUUCUCAGAUGAGCCCGGUUAUUACGAGGAUGGCGAAUUUGGAAUCAGGCUGGAGAACGUCAUGAUGUCUGUAGCGGCAAAAACAGAGCACCAGUUUAGUACAUAUCAGUACAUGACAUUUGAAAUGGUAUCCCUGAUUCCAUUCGAGCCGAAUCUUAUAGACUUCAGCCUCCUGACCCCUAGACAGCUCGACUACUACAAUGAUUACAACAAGCGCAUUCGUGAAGAAGUGGGGCCGAGUUUAAAGAGUGAGUUGGCGAGGAACUGGAUGACAAAGAAAACUGAGCCAGUUCUCUACACCUUUAGGCUGGGGGCAGACGACCAAUGCACAGGAGGCGCGUCUCAAGUGGCCGUAGGGGGCAUAUGUCUACUCUCACUUGCAUAUGCAGUAUGUGUUGCCUUUUUGGGCAAAUACUAAAUGAAGAUUACCUUUUUCCUGCAUCGAAUUAACUAUUAUUACGCGCGUCCAAUUCCACUGAGCUUGUUUGAUUGCGUUUGUUUGUUUGUUAGAUGAUGUCCCCAUCAUGGAAAUUUGGCAAACUCCCACAGGGGUAUAUAAACACCAAGCUGGCAACAGCCAAACUCUCUCUUAAAAGCGUUGGUUUAAAAUGUCUAUGAUUAUGAAUUGCAUGAAUCAAAAAAUUGUGAUCCAGGAAACUAGACGACAGUAUUUAUUGUAGUCAUUGUGAAAUCAGCAGUUAAUAGCUUGGGGAUUCGAACCCACAACAAUGUGAGUGCACAAGUCCUGCAGUCUAAGGAACUAUACAGGAUUGAUAGAGCUGACCAAAAUAUUCUUACCUGCUUACUGUUCAUGUUUUGUGUGAUCCUAUAUAACAAACAAAAUUUGGGCUUAAUCCAGUAAGAGAAAUUGAUAAAAAAUCUGCAAAAUUUACCCUUCAAGAAAUACUCUUCUUUAGGUUUGAAAAAGAAUUGUUUGCAUUUAUACUACGGGUCCUUUUGGUUGGCAAGUAGACUUGUGGACAAGUCGUUAAAUGUCUGUCGCGAUGAUAGCGUUCCGACUCUAUUCCAAAUCUCCCCGUGAUUUCCACGGUAUUUUUGAUGAGACUGCUGGCCUGGGGAGACUACAGCUCUCAUGACUAUGGUCCCAUUUUAAUAGGGAGUAGAAGUGGCCAACCAGCAGUUCAUGCGACAGCAGUGAUCUCGCGAGAGCACCACCACAACUCGACUAUCUCACUACAACAGACGGUUAACGACUUGUCCACAAGUCUAGUUGAUAAGCAGUUUGCAAACAGCUACUUCUAUUUUCUCAAAUAAACCACCCUGCUAUAAAAAACACAGUACAAGAAGUGCAUAGAAUUGUUCCACCAUUUGGGUAAAUUUAUUUCCUUCACAAAGAUACAUUAUUCUAUGAAUCUUUUAGAAUGUUGCAUAAAUAAUCCAGUCACCAUUGAAAAGAAGAAAAUAUAUAAAUAUUCAAACUAUCUGAAAUUACACAAAUUUGAAUAAAUAAAUCUUAAAAAUAAUUGUAACAUUUCGGUGGCUCUUUUAUACUAACUCUGA